CAGCCGCAAAGGAGAAAACCGCUUUAAUUCCUCCUGUCUCUGUUUUUCCUUAUACAUUCUUACGCCAAUUCUCUGAUUCUUACAAGUCAAAAGCCACUUUUCACGUCAUGCCAAAAUUCGUCCCCACGCAAGGGCAAAGACAAACCAUGAGAUGACUACGUUGGUUUCUUCUCUCAAUUCCAAUGCAGUUGAAUUCUAUCUUUCUAAUUUUCCAUCUUUCUUCCCCGCAUUGUGCGCCAAGUCAUUAUAAAUGCAGCAUCUUGCAUUGUUUCGACUCCAAAAAUUAUAGCUUUCUGGCGUACCUGAGCUUGUUUCUAUCUUUAUGGUGUAGAAUUACAGUGAAAAUCGAGGGGGAAUUUUAAGGAGGCUAUAGAUUAUGUGUAAACUGGCUCAACUUGACAAAUAAGAGAAAAAUCAUCACUUGAUAGUUUGUGGUUUUGAAGAAUACUAAUUCUUUUCAGUAUCCAAAUCUAAGAGAGAAAUGUCGUAUAAUUUUUUUGGAAUGGAUUCAAUGAUUCGCCUUCCAUUUGUAAGAACUCUGAAGACAGUCUUGGAUGCAGCCAAGAGAAUCAUCUUUGGGGCUGAAAACAAGGACAAUAUAGACAAGCAUAAACAGCUAAAACAUAUUCCUGCUCAUGAUUUUCAUGCUGAUAUUGGUGUGCCUUAUGUGGAUCAAUCAAAUAACAUGCCAACUCUGGGUCUAUCAGAUGAAAAAAACAGUGCAGAAAUUGUUAUUUUGUCUGAGGCUGAUAAAACUCCAAAUUCAACUUGUGCUGUUAUCAACAGAGAAGAUAGCCUCUUAAAAAUUGUUGAUUUCUCAACAUUAAGAGCACCUAUCAAGGAUUUGAGGAAAAAACUUCUUGUUCUUGAUUUGAAUGGGCUGCUUGCAGAUAUAGUUUCUCCUCCGCCAAAGAACUGGAAGGCAGACAUAAACAUUUCAAAACGUGCAGUUUUCAAGAGACCCUUUUGCAUUGAUUUUCUGAGGUUCUGCUUUGAGCGAUUUGAAGUGGGUGUUUGGUCAUCAAGAAGCAAGAAAAAUGUGGAAAGAGUGGUUGAUUUUUUGAUAGGAGAUAUGAAGCACAAAUUGCUGUUUUGCUGGGAUCAAUCCCGCUGUACUGCUACACAAUUAAGUACCCUUGAAAACAAGCAUAAGGCAUUGGUAUUUAAGGAAUUAAGGAAAAUUUGGGAGAGAAAGGAUCCUAAUCUUCCUUGGAAGAGAGGAUAUUAUAAUGAAACAAAUACAUUGUUGUUGGAUGAUUCUCCUUACAAAGCUCUGCUUAAUCCCCCUUACACAGCAAUCUUUCCUUGUUCAUACAAAUUCCAAGAUAAGAGUGAUAAUUCAUUAGGUGCUGGAGGUGAUCUGAGAGUUUAUCUGGAAGGACUGGCCGAAGUUGAAAAUAUACAGAAGUUUGUAGAGCAACAUCCAUUUGGUCAAAGCGCCAUAACGGAAAAGAGUGAAUCUUGGGACUUCUACCUUCAAGCUAUUAAUUCAGUACCUCACUUUCCAUCUAAAAUUUAAUGUUAAAUCUCAGAAAGCUCUUGGUAUAUAGUUUUGCUGGCUGAAUUGAGUGUUGGGCUUAAGCAGAUUAUAGGCAUAUCAAAUCCUGCCUGUUGGGUCAUCUAUAGGGAGAGUAGGUGCCCAAUUACAGUAUUAAGCUAAGCGCAUUCAGUUUAGCGGACGGAAUACGCGUUUGGAAGGCACGUAACAAACUCAGGAUUAUUCCGUGUAGUUAAAAGAUAAAAGUUUAGUUAAGGUUUCCAAUUCUUACCUGACAUUUGGAGUAUUCUUUCAUACUAUUCACUUCAUAUUAUGGGUUGGUUAUUUAUCUAAGAUAUCCGCCUGCAUUUUUCGGGGGAAAAUGGUAGCGGAAAAAUGCUGUAAUUGAUCUUAUCAUGGAGAGAUCUUGUGGUGAAACAACUACCAUCCAGUGAAUUUUUUUUUUUUUGUUGU